UUUGUUACGCAUUAUAAUUUUUCCGUCUUGAUGCGUUGGUAAUAGAUGAUAUUUUGAUCAUAUAUAAAUGUUGGUGUUGAUUGAACCAUCCGGUGGUUAUUGUUUUCGUGGCCGUCCCGAAACGUCCUUGUUCGUGCGUAUACAGUGUCGCGUUCAAAAGCUCGGAGUCUAGCGCGUGUCCUCAACAGGACAGCGCAUUUAGUACGCAUGGAUGUUUGGUGAGCUGGUGUGACUGUAUUAGUGAGCUCUAUACCGAACCGAGUACUGGAGUGCUGUUCAUAAAACGUAUUGCUUAUUAUGGACUGGUAAAAAUUGGCAUUAGCUGAUAGGACAUAAGGAAAAAAGGGUCAAGCGAAAGUGGUGGAUCUGUGUGAAAAAGGAUAACUUUUGUAGCAUUCGAGAAACUGCAUCCAUCGAUAUACGCAUCAAACAACAUGGAUUUAGAGAUCGAAACGCAAAAGCCCACGCUGGAUCUAGCGAAAAACUGUCUCAAAAAGGUUCCUAAGAUGGAAGAUGCUCAGCAGUACAAAGUGUUGAUACUGGACGAUAACGAGCUGCAAAAGAUUGAUAACAUUGAUUCGUACUUGAAGAUCGAAAAACUAUCGUUAUGCAAAAAUCAAUUACUGCGAAUGUACGGCGUUUGUCGACUGCAUUGUCUGAGGGAACUGAACCUUUCCCACAACAAAAUCCUCACGAUCGAAGGACUUAAAGAUUUAGUCUAUUUGACUCACUUAAACCUGGAGUGCAACAAAAUCAAAACAAUCGAACAUCUGAACACGAACGUGAACCUUCAGUAUUUAAACCUGUCGGAGAACAGUAUCACCAGCGUAUCGGAUAUGUCUUACUUAAAAAAUUUAAAGGAACUAUUUCUUAACGGGAAUCGCAUAUCGCAUUUAAGGCAAUGUGAUAAACAUUUACCUCAAUCGUUGGAAAGUUUAACAUUAGCGAAAAAUAAUAUAACGGAUCUGAAUGAAAUUUGCACGCUAAGUCAUCUGAAUAAUCUCAACAGUAUCACGAUAGUGGACAAUCCGUGCGUUCAGAUGGCUGGCAAUGUGGUUGGAUUUGAUUACCGACCGUUUGUACUGAACUGGUGCAUGAGUGUCAAGCAUAUAGAUGGAUUUGUUGUCACUGCCAUUGAGAGUCUUAAAGCGGAGUGGUUGUACAGCCAGGGCCGUGGACGUCAGUUCCCAAUAGGAGAACAAACAGCAUUGGCACGCUAUCUUAGCAGUGUUUGCCCAUUAUCUGGCGAAGCGUUGGAAAAUCAGAACGAGCGCAAGCUGCGGCUUAUUCUUAGCAAGGCACAGCAGCAUCAGCGUCAGUUGCAGGAACAAACAACGCUUGGCAGUGAUGGAACGAAUCAGUCAGCGAAUAAUUCCCCAUCGUCGCUGCGCCGUAAAGGCCAAGCUACAAGGAUACAGUCACCGCGCGUAUCGCGUCUAAGUGGGCGCCAAAAUUCGCCUGAUGCCAUGUCAAACAGUUACCAUGGUAACCUUUCGAACAAUUCCAUGUCAUCGGGCCAUAGCGAAAGUAGUUCCGGAGGAUCGCAGCUGUUUGAGUUGACGAGAUCGUUGAUUGAUAACAUUACGUCGGACAACAAUAUAAUGUCGCAAAGCCUUGACCCCAACAUGUUGGCGGGUAGUAAUAGCAGUGCCAUAUCUGCCAACAAUUCGACAAUCCCAGGCGCAAGUACAGGCAACGAGUGUAUUGUGUUGAGCAAGCAACAUACGCAGAUGAUGAACCAAAACCAGGGCAGUUUGUACAAUGAUCAACUCACAAAUUCUUCAGUGGUAGCAGGUGGAGGACCGCUAACGGCUGCAUCCAAAAUGGUACCAGUUCCCGAAUCCUUGAUGAGUCCGGAUUGUGGUCCUACUACGACAACGGCAGCCAGCAUUGUACAACGAAAUUUACAACAUUGCAAUAUGCAACCACAACCACAAACGCCGCAGAUUCCCAAAGCUAUAAAAACUAAAGACAGUAGCCGUUCAGCAGGUCAAUCCGGUGGGAGUAUUCCGGUUGCUAACGUUCACCCGAAAGGUGGAAGUCCUCGUACAUCAAAGAGGAACAACAGUAGCGAACGUUCGUCACCUUCUCUUUCACCGAGAAAAACACUCAACACUCACAAUACCAAUGGAGGCUCUGGUAGCAAUAGCCAUUCCAGACCAGUAUCAUCCCAAUCCAAGUAUUCCGUACAUGCUGCCAUAGCAACACCGUCGGAAGGGGGUUCAAGCAAUGCCGUUAGCUCGGAUGAUGACAGUGAAACGAUCAACAUUGAAAAGCUUCGAACUAUUCGUCACAAAGCGGCACAGCAACAGACUCAGCAAAAUCUCCCACAUGUUGGCUUGGUUCCGAAGACGAAGGAUAAGGAGGCUCCGGUAACGAGCAAAGCAAUUACCAAGGAAGCAAUGGACGAUAAUAAAGCGACAGAAACUUCAGCCAUUCUUAUACAGAAACUCUGGCGUGGUUAUGUAACUCGCAAGCGGACCCGUGAUGUAGUUGAAAAGCUGUUCCAUAAGCGAACCAACGAUCAUAUUUUACAGCUGACGAAGGACAUGCAAGUAACGAAGGAACAAUUGGAAUCGGGACGGAAAAUUCAACAGCUGCAAAUGAAAGCUUUGCGCCAGUUGUGGCGAAAAGUUUCGUCUAUGAAUCCAGCAGAACAAGCACGUGCUGCUCACAGUAACGUUGGCCAAACGACUGUUUCUGAAGAAGAUGAGGUGGGAGAAUGUGGCCAGUUAGCGGGUGACGGUUCGGAAAAUAGCACUAUUCAAGAUCUCACAAAAUCCUGUUCGAUGCUGAUGAACCAAGUGCAACAAUUACAAGGUGCAGUGCGUGACAUUGUCAGUUGUAUGCAGUUUUUAGUGCACGUUCCGCCACCUGUACAACCACCGUUGAACAAUGCUUCCCAACAGUGUACCAGUGAAACGCAAACGGAUAUAGUAGCUGUCAUUACGCCACAGGUGGAGCGGUUGCAAGAAACGUUUCCUUUCGGUAAAGGAUGUGAAGGGCCUUCCAAGGACCAGCUGGGGGUGACCGGCAAUAAUAAACUUUCCCGACCCUCAACGCUACCGAUUAGCUCUACCGAAACAUCACCGAAGCUUGUUGGCCAAGGGCAAGACGCAACCGUGGAUGAAGGUCGGGAUGCUAUGGAUAUGGAAUCAAUAAGCGGCGAUGCACAAAUGAUCCGAAUCGAUGAAGCAGACCGUGGAAACGAAGAGGAAAACAACGACGGGGAACAGAAGGAACGUGAUGAAAAAGAAAUGGAAAGUGUGGUUAAAAUUGAAGAUCUAACAACUGAAACAGUAGUGCCGUAAGCACGCGAACAAAUAUUGACCUAUUCCUAAGGGGUAUAUUUUCACAAUACUAUGGUAAACCUAUUCGUAAACAAGCGAUUAAUGGAAGCAUUUGUUGAUUAUUUUUAAGCUAUUUAUUUUAAACGAUAAAUGGUAACUAUGUGCUCCGUGGAGGUACUUAGAAUAAGGCAGCAGAAUAAUUUUGGAUUACAUUUUUUUUAUCUUGUAUGUAGGUAUUUCUAAUAUUUUCAUCUCAAAAGGGCUGUAAUGCAUUGUAGGAUUGAAGAAAGAGCAAUGAUUUACUUGUAUUACCAAAGAUGUUAAGCGAUCAAUAAGUUACAAAAGAUAGAUGAUUGACUGGCGGUAUUAAUGAAAGAUAAAGCUUUGCGAAUAUUAUUUAUUUAUCGUACAUUUAGCAAAGUUGGUUCGAAGUAACAUACGAUUUAGGUUUUAGGAAUGUAACUAUGAAGGUAUUUCCGCAAAACUAAAAAAAUGAUUUGAAAAAAAACGUAGGUCUGCAUCACCACUCUCUUGCUAAGCAUAAAAAACCAUCACAGAUGUUAAUUACACAAAAAAAUUAAAUGAGGUUACAGCACAUAAAGCACGUUUUAAUUUGUAAAAGAGACUACGUAACUAUAGCUAACUUUCGUAAUGCAACACAUUGGAUAACUUGCCGUAUGGUAUGUUUUUAAAAAUUAUUUUUAUUUCAAAACUAAUGCCCACGAACGUACGUAUGUGUGCUUACGAGCGCUAUGCUCAUCCAGGAACGCCAAAUGUUAAAAUGCAUAUGACCAUAAUAUUCAACAUCGCUAUACCUAUCUGUCCAAAACGCGCAUGAAGACUCCAAACAGAAACAAAACCACCGUGUCGCCAUGGUUGACCAGAUGGGGGGAAACAUUAUGUGUGCGCUAAUACCAUACAUUAGGAAUGCUUUCGUGUGUCCGUUGGUCAACCGUUCAUUAUUAAUAAUUUCCAAAUCUAAUCCACACUACAAGUGCCUACAUUUUGCUAAGUUGCGAGAGGAAACGAUCUUGAUGUGAGCAGAGCAACUGAAGUAGAUUGAGUGGAGCAUGCUAGUAUUAGUUGAACUGUUCUUUACCAGGAUUAGCAUACAGUAUAAGUGACUACAUUUUCCAUUGGCCGGUUUUGAUGAUCGAUAUAACUAUAACAUCUAAUGAAUUCGGCUCAUCAGUAGCGUGGUGGAUGCUCUCAUGUAUGAUUUUUAUAUAGAUAGCCGCACAAAGACACACAUUUCCAUUCCCAGAACACGUGUACGAGGUACAGCUAGCGGUUACAUACAGUUGGAAGAAUAGUAAUCAACAGUCAAUAGUAAGGAAUAGCUACACGUUUUAUCCACAGUUUUGAACAAUGUGGAACAUUCCAUACAAGAGCAACUUUGGUUCUGUAAUUCCAUCCUUCACUGUGUUACGAAUUGCAAUUAGCAGGAUAGUAAUAGAUUACAAACUAGCUGUUAAAACACACAAGACGUCGAAAAUCAUUAAAGAUUAGCAUGUUUUGAUUUACCUUUGCAUCGAUUAUAGCACUAGACAACUAGAGAUAGCGUUAGUAAACUUCAUGAAGAAAUUAAUCAUUUGAGCCCCAAAUUUCUCAUGUCGCACAUAUUGCAAAUCAGUUGCGCGUGAUGUUACUGUGCUUGUACGCUCUAAAAGAUGGUUUUAUUGAUGUAAUAGAUAGCCGAGUGUAUGUAAGCAUCACAGAGAAUUUCGAAACAAGGAAAACGAUCGUAAGCGAUAAAAGUUCGUGAUAUAAAAUGGCUAAAAUCGUUGCUCGUACAAUUCAAACAUUUGCAAGAGAUGUGUAAUGAAAGUGCAUAUCUGUGUUUGGCACUUUACUUACACCAGGUCUUGUUCUCUCGCGAUCUCUGCCUAUCUCUCGCCAAAAAGCCAAAGCUAAAAACAAAGCAUCAAAAGGAAUUCUUUCCAAUAAUAAAAAAAAGUCAAGUGCAUAAACUUACAAAUGUACAGACAUAUGUAUCUUCAGCAGUUUUUGAUACUUCUUAACAAUUAAACAAUAAACGCAUCGUCGCAUAAUA